AUGAGCUCCAGUAUGCCAUACGAUCCUUCUUUUGAGGAUGAAAAGAAGCGGCAAUACUCUUAUAAACACCGCUCGUUUUUAGAUCGCGUCGGAGCAACCAUCGCCCAACACAAAAGAGCGGUGUUAGGCAUUUUUUGUGCAUUUUUUGUGUUGUUUUGGUUCGGUUCCUCAAGAUUCACACUCUGGUCGAAAGACCCUAAAAUUGUCCUUAUACUCGCAGUAAACGAUGGUGGUGGAGUGCACAAGUGGAAAGGUGAACAGGAAUGGGCGAUAGAGCGAAUCUCGAUUCAAAAUAAACGUGCCUACGCCAAAAGACACGGCUAUGGACUCACGCUAAAAGAUAUGAGAACGGCCAGAAGGUAUUCACAUGAAUACAGGGAGGGAUGGCAGAAGGUUGAGGUGCUCCGUCAAACUAUGCGCGAGUUCCCCAAAGCAGAAUGGUUCUGGUGGUUGGACCUCGAAACUUUGAUCAUGGAGCCUCAAAUCUCAUUAGAGGAACACAUAUUCAAGAGGUUGGACUCACUGUCAUACCGGAUGUUAGAUAAGUUCAAUCCACUAGACCUCCCUCUCGACAUCCCUUAUGUCGACUACUCUCAACCGCCUGAGUUGCUCAUCACUCAGGAUUGCGGUGGUUUCAACCUUGGAUCGUUUUUGGUCAAGAACUCUAAAUGGGCUCAUUUACUGCUUGAUGUUUGGUGGGACCCUGUGUGCUACGAACAGAAACACAUGAUGUGGGAGCAUCGUGAACAAGACGCGCUCGAGGCGCUCUACGCAAACCAGCCCUGGAUUCGUGAAAAAACCGCAUUUUUGCCGCUCAGAAGUGUCAAUGCUUUCCCACCAGGUGCUUGUUCUGAGUUCUCGGAUGACCCAAGAUACUUCUACAGUGAAGAAGAUCGCGACUUUGUGGUCAAUAUGGCCGGGUGCGCUUUCGGAAGAGAUUGCUGGGGUGAAAUGCAGCGUUACGGAUCUUUGCUAGAAAGCCAUAAUCAGAAGUGGUGGCGCAGAUUUUACUAG